GUCGCUGUUAUCUGACUGCCCCCCCCCCCGCAGCCUUUGUGGCUAUGAGUACGGACCUGCUGUCGGAUCUGGACAGUCGUUUCUUCGCUGAUAACCUGCUGACGAGCGAAGACUGGGAUGCCUGCCUGUACCAGUGUGAGAGCAUGGAGGAGGGCGAGGACGGAGACUUCGGCCGGGGGUUGAAAUACGAACCGCCGUUUGACAAUGACCUCGUGCUCACCCUCGAUCCGGACAACCCCACGUCGCCAUGGCGCCACCUUGACGACAACCUUCUCACAGGGGAAACUCCUGUGAUAAAAAAUGAAAUGACCAUCACUCAGCCAUUACCAGUGGAAAUGUUGUUCCAGGUGAAAGCGGAGCCUCCCUCUCCUGCAUCCUCGCUCGGGUCCGACUGCUCGGCGUCCUCACCAGACCCACAGAUCACGGUUAAAGGUGAAAACCCUCCGACUCCUCCCUACAUGUACGGAGACGUGCUGUCUCCUCCGCUGGGGUCGAUGGAGAUCACCGUGGCAACAACAGCCGUACCUCCACAACAGACACAGCUACAGACGCCGCUAACGACGCAGAUCCCAGCGGUCAUCAGUGGAAUACAGACGCAGGCGGCAGUUCUGCCGAGCUCGGCCACAAUAAAGGCCAGCACCAUCCUGAGCACCAAACCCCCGAUCCAGCCCAGACCAGUGUGUGUCACCACCCUCCCCGUCCCCCAGACCCCCGCGCCAGCCAAGACCCUCAUACUGCAGGGCCUGCCCCCCAUGGACCAGACCAGACCUGUCGUCUUGUCUCCAUCCGUCUGCCUCGGUUCGGCUCCGGCCAUCGUCAAAAUGGAGCCCGUCUCUCCCAGCAUCCCCCAGCACUGCUCCAGUCCCACGGCUCCGCCCACCAGCAAACCCAUCGUCCCGGCGACGACGACGAUACCCGGCAACAACUCCAACGACAUCGAUAUGAAGGUGCUGAAGCGGCAGCAGAGGAUGAUAAAGAACCGGGAGUCGGCCUGCCAGUCGAGGAAGAAGAAGAAGGAGUACCUGCAGAACCUGGAGGCUCAGCUCAGGGAGGCGCAGCAGGAGAACGAACGUCUCCGCAGAGAGAACCAGGCGCUGAGGGAGAGACUGGCCGGGAAAGAGGGCAGCGACUCAGCGAGCAACAAGCGAGCCGUCUGUGUCAUGGCCGUCCUGCUGUUCAUGACCUUCAGCUUCGGACCCGUCAGCAUCACAGACAGGAAGCUGUCGGGCCUACAGGAAGGCGUGGUGUCGUACACGGGACGGCGUCUGCUGGAGUUUGAGAAACAGCGGUAUCAGCAGCAGGAGGCAGCCGCUCAGCCUGCGAGCAGAGUGGAGGACAGAACGGAGACGGAGGAGGAGGCAGGGGACGAGGCUCCGGAGUCAGACCAGUUCAGGAACCUGAGCGAUGUGUUCAGUGACAUGAAGGACUUGGUGCUGCAGGACAUCGAUCGUUACUUCUCCUCCUCAGACUGCAGACAGUUCAACCGCUCCGAGUCUCUCAGGCUGGCAGAUGAACUCAGAGGUUGGGUCCACCGGCACCAGAUCGACAGGAAGAAGUCCGGAGGGAAACCAAAAGUCGUCAAGAAGGCCAAAAUCGCUCAGAAAGCUCAGCUGAGGAAGACAAACUUCUCCAGAUACCUGCCGAUCCAGACUCACCGCUCCAUAGAAAGUCAGCUGCAGGUGCUUCCUGGUCCUGAGGUCACCUACAGCGACUUCCUGGACGCCAUCGACCGCAGAGAGGACACGUUCUACGUCGUCUCUUUCAGACGGGAUCACCUGCUGUUACCGGCCAUCAGCCACAAUAAAACCAGCAGGCCUAAAAUGUCUCUGGUGAUGCCGGCCAUGUCUGUGAACGAGAGUCUGUAUAACUCCUCGAAGGGUUAUGAGAUGAUGAUGCAGGUGGACUGUGAGGUCAUGGACACCCGCAUCGUCCCCAUCAAGUCCUCCGCCGUCCCGCCGUCUCUCCGCGACCCUCCUCCGCCUCCCCCCUCCUCCCACCAUAACUCCCACCAUCACCACGGCAACCACACCUCGCUGCGAGGGCGCCACCAUCAUCACCCCUCCUCCUCUCCCUCUUCCUCCUCACCGUCCUCGCCAUCGCCUCAGCAGCAACCUUUACCCGCCCGCCGACGCACAGCGGAAUAUUUAAUCAGCCAAUCAGAAGGGGUCUAAUGAGGCAUCGCCACGGUGAUUUGGAAAGAAGAGAAGGAUAAAAAACGGAUAUCUUUAAAAAUGACUUCAUCAUCCCAACGACAGGUAACAAAUAAACGUCUCUUCUUCCUGGAAAACGACCAAAAGUUCCUGUCGCCAAACGCAAUGUCCCCGUUCCCGUAGAAGAUAAUGUCCUAAUAUUUAAGAAUAUAUUUGUAGAAAUGAAAGUGGGAUGCAGACGCGGCAGCACACUGCACUUAGAACCAGUGCUGCGUUUUAAUAUUUAACAGUGACAAUGUUUGAAUGAAGUGCAGAGACAGGAAGCUGACAGGCGGUCACCACCCGGCUCGGCCCACAGGUGGCGCCGCCGGGCUGCACAGUUACAGUUUAAAACCUCUCCAGAGAUCAGGAUCUAUAUUUUUCUGCACUUUUUGCCCGUCAGAGUGAAAUCAGCAAUAACCCAGUUAAUGAAUGACGGCGCUCGUAGCUGUGCAGCUCCAGCGGGUCCUGCUCCUCCUCCUGACUCCGCUCUCAGUCGUGGUUUCUGUGGUGUUUGCAUUUGUAUAUUUGUGUUGUUGUGGGAAUUAGACUACAUGUAGAGAGUACGGUAUCAGGACUGACGGCUGCUGCGUGAAGUCGGAUCUAAAAGUUAGCUGGAUGGAGAGAUCCUCUGCUUCUGGAGGACGAGACAGAGAUAACUAAAUAUCAGUCUUUAUUAUUUAUUAAAGGAUCGUAUAAAAUAAACAUUUACAAUAUGGAUCCCUUAAAGUUUGUUAUAUAAGAAUUGUGUAGUGAGCAAGACAUUUUACAAACUAUAAUGGAGACUAAAUGACCUCAAACACGUCGAAUAUUAUUAUUAUUGUUAUUAUGAUUAUUGGUUAAUCAACAUACAGCCAAAGCUUAUUGAUAUAUCAGUUUAUUUCAGUUCCUGGCAGCUGAACAUUUUGAGUUGCAGGUUUUUGUUCUUCAUGUGGUUUCUAAUUUACACAUCUCAGAGGAGCUGCAACAGCUUACAGUGUAAAACAAAUCUCAGAAUACAAUGCAAACAAUUAGACAAUUGAUUAAUUAGUUAAGCAACUCAGUCAAAUAUAAACAUACAGACACAUAUUCAGACCCAGUGGGGUCACUCUUUCUGACGUCCAUCACAGAUAACCGUCCAUUAAUCUGCUCAGAAACCACUGGAAACAUUGGAUCAUUGGACACUUUUCCUAAGUGUCAGAGUAAUCCAGUAAUAGUUGUUUGCAGAGUACCCAUGAAUGUUCAAACAGGAAGUGCUAAUAGAUCAUUCGGCGUACUUUUAAAGUCGCAAGUUUACCAAACUAUAAACAGAUAUAAGCGAACAGACAGACAGAUAAUAAUAAUAUAUGAUUAUAUGUUUAUAGUAAUAUAAUAUGUAAUAUGUUAGAAUAUGGAGGUUAAAAUACAGAGGUCUUAGUGCCUUGCUCAUGGACUCUUGCCCUCCUGUUCCCAGCACACAGAACCACUUCAGAUCUCUGAGAUCCGACUUCCUGUUGCAUCCGUCAGAUUUAUUCAUGUUUAUUUUAUUUUUUUUAAGAGAAUUCCUGUUGUUGUUUUGAAUGGAGGAUUAUUUAAUAUCUGUAAAUAUCAGUGUUUACUGUAGAUAAUUUGUCACUUUUAUAUAUUUUUUUAAUUUCUUUUUUCUUUUGACAACAAACAGUAAAACAAUAAAAAAAAGAAUAAAGUCCUGGAAUAAUGAGGCAGUGGGGAAAAAAAUGAACUGAUGUUGAAUUUUAUAUUUUUUAUUCUUGUGUUCAGUUCAGUGGACCAACCAGCUUCACUCGCUCAUAACUCAGGAUGUUCUGUCCUGAUAUAUUUAUGAAAUUAAUACGCUGAUUUUUUUUAUUGUACAGAAUAAACUACAGUUCCUCCUGUAACGACACUAUAUGAUCAGUUUGGUUGUAAAAAUUUACUGAAACCCUCCCAGAAAAAAUCCUUACUGCCAAAACAAGAUAAUAAUCAAGCCUUUGCAGAUGAUGUAAUAUUUUUUAUUGUAAAAAAUGUGUCGAACUUUUGCUUUUUCUUCUGACCAAAACAAUGUUUCAGAUUAUUUCUGUCUUUUUUCUCUUGUCUUUGUGUCUUUGCAACUCAUGUCAGUUUCCAGCCUUAGAGUUUGAAAGACGUGUCCAUUUAUCAGAAGAAGCUGUUGAGUUGCAUUAUGGGAAAUGUAGGAUCCAGUGGUUUUGGGGUUUCACCUCUGCAGCACAUAUUCUUUCUGUUUUUUUUAAUGUGUCGCUUUAAUUCCUCUACUUUAUGGAAGUAAAAUACUACAGUUGAGUUCCCCCUUCAGAGUUCACAGGUUUAAAGCAACAAAAAGCAAAGAUUGACAGUUAAAGAACUAAAACUUGAGGUUUACCACUCAAUUAUUUGCCGUAUCGUAAAAGAACUACCUGAAUAUUUUGUAUUUGUUAAUACAAAGUGUGAGAAAAGUUAAGAAACAUUAACACACAUUAACAUCAGUAAAACGGUGAAUUGUUGUUUUUACACUUUUUGCACAGAUGAAUCAAACGAGAGAUAACCUCUUAAUUAGUUAAUGAGAAUAAGAUUUUAGCUGUUUGUCCGUGGAUUUUGUUUCCUUUGGACACAGCCAGGCUAGCAGUUUCCCCCUGUUUCCAGUCUUUAUGCUAAGCUAAGCUAACAGGCCUCACAUUUACUGUAAGACAUGAGUCAGACUAUCAC